ACAGAAUGGAUCGCUCAGCGGUACGUGUUCGCCGCCAUGGGCAUGCUGGCCAUGGUGAACUGCUACACCAUGCGCGCCUGCCUCAGCGUGGCCAUCAACGAGAUGACGCCGCCGCCCUACACCUCGCCGUCGGCCGCCGCGGGGGAGGACUCGUGCCCCGUCGACACCAGCACCGGCCCGGCGACCAACGGCUCCAGCUCCGGCACGACGAAAGAGGACUACCCCUUUGACUGGAGCUCGGAGUCCAUCGGCCUGAUCCUGGGCGCGUUCUACAUCGGCUACAUCCUGACCCACGUGCCCGGCGGCAUGCUCGCGGAGCGGUUCGGCGGCAAGCACACCCUGGGCUUCGGCGUCCUCACCACGACCCUCAGCACGUGCCUCACGCCCUGGGCCUGCCAGGUCGGUGACGUGGCCGGCGCGGUCGUGGUGCGGAUCAUCAUGGGACUCGGCGAGGGUGUUGUAUUCCCCGCCGUCUUCGUCAUGCUGGCCAAGUGGGCCCCGAUGCAGGAGCGGAACGUGAUGGGCACCAUCGUCCUCGCUGGUAACCAGUUGGGCACGCUGCUUGGGAACCUGCUCUCGGGAUACCUCUUGCAUUGGUUUGGCUGGACCACGACGUUCUACGUGUAUGGCGGCCUCGGCCUCGCCUGGUACUUCUUUUGGCUAAUCCUCUGCUACUCAGAGCCCAGUGAAAGCCCGUUUACUUCUGAUAAAGAGCUAGCAUAUCUGCGCAAGAAUGUUGUCGGAGCGCAGCAAACCAAGGAAAAGGAGGAGAAGGUCCCCACGCCUUGGUUACCUAUGCUGACGUCCCCGCCCGUGUUGGCACUCAUCUUUACAGAGGUCGGGCACGACUGGGGUUUCUACACCAUGAUCACCGACCUGCCCAAAUACAUGUCCGACGUCCAGCACGUUAAAAUCGCCGACAAUGGCAUCCUGUCCUCGCUCCCUUUCCUGAGCAUGUGGAUCUCCUCCAUCGUCCUGAGCGCGUUUGGGGACUACAUCCUCAGCAAGGGGGUCGUGUCCAACACGACGUUGAGGAAGGUGUUCACCACCGUUGGCUCGGUGGGGCCGGGGGCCUUCCUGCUGGCGGCGGCGUACGCCGGCUGCGACGGCACCCUGGUGGUGACGCUCUUCUGCAUCGGCAUGGCCACCAUGGGCGCGUUCUACCCGGGCAUGCGCGUCAACGCCCUGGACCUGAGCCCCAGGCACGCGGGCACCAUCGGCGCGCUCAUGAACGGGACGGGCUCGCUCGCGGGGAUAGCAGCUCCCUACAUCAUCGGGAUGAUCGCGCCGAACGGUCUCAUGUCCGAGUGGAAGAUUGUCUUCGGCAUCAACUUCGCCGUCAUGGCCAUCCCCAACCUGUCCUUUAUCGUGUACGGCUCGGGCGACGUGCAGUGGUGGGACGACCCCGACGGCAAGCGGCCGCGGCCCGCCGCCGACGACGACGACGCGGAACGGGCGAACCUUGGGGUGCGGCCAACGCCAACGGGUGACCAUCGAGGUGACCACACACCCUCGGCUCCAGCUAAAUACUGAAGGCGAGAGGAGGUAGAGGCCUCCGCGGGUCUCCACUCCACCACACGUAUUUGUACUUUAUAAGAUACUUAUAAGAUAGUGUAAAUGUGUAAAUGACAAAUCUAACCUCGUGUGCCAAUCUGAUUGCUCAUAUUUUUCUUUAGGAUAGAUUACGUUUAGGUGAUUUAUUUGUUUUUGAUCUACCCAGGAGAAGAGCUGCAGUGUUAAACCCGGUCUAUCCUUGAUUUUAGGUUUGCGAAGUAUUUUUAACUUGUUUUUAUAUCUUUAGUAUGUUCGUUACCGGGUGGUUUGACAAGAAAUUUCGUUCUCUGAAGAAAAACUUGAAACCCUAUUUUGAUUAGGGCCUAGUCAGUCUGCGCUCUGUGAUCUCACAUCUUUUAGGAAGUGU